CCCAUAGUUUAACACUUGAGAAUUGGAAUAUCCAAGUUGUUUUCCUCCCUCUUGUGAGGUGUUCUAAAAACACAUAAAAUCCGCAAUUACGAACCAUCGAAUCGAUCGACCUUUUCCCCCAAACAAACACACGCGACACUUUCAGAGAAAGAGGAGAGAGAGAGAGAGAAAGAUGGAUGAGGAAGAACAUGAGGUUUAUGGAGGAGACAUUCCCGUUGAAGGUGAUUUGGAAGGAGACUUGGAUGCUCAUAAUCCCGACGUCGACAUGUCCACCGCCGAUGAUGACGCCGUCAAGGAGCUUGAUGAGAUGAAGAAGAGAUUGAAGGAAAUGGAAGAAGAAGCUGCUGCUCUUCGUGAGAUGCAAGCUAAAGUUGAGAAGGAAAUGGGCGCUGUUCAAGAUCCUGUCACUGCUGCAGAAAUGGCUAAUAAAGAGGAGGUGGAUUCACGGUCUGUGUUUGUUGGCAAUGUUGAUUAUGCGUGCACCCCUGAAGAAGUUCAGCAACAUUUUCAAGGCUGUGGGACAGUAAAUAGAGUGACCAUUCUGACAGACAAGUUUGGUCAGCCAAAGGGUUUUGCAUAUGUGGAAUUUGUUGAACAGGAAGCUAUUCAACAGGCACUUCAGCUAAAUGAAUCUGAAUUACAUGGUCGUCAAUUAAAGGUGCUGCCCAAGAGAACAAAUGUGCCAGGCAUGAAACAAUUCCGCGCAAGGCGUUUUAAUCCUUAUACCCCCUUUCGUUCUCGUAGACCAUUCUCUCCACCUUUCUUCUAUAACCCAUACGGCUAUGGGAAAGUUCCUAGAUUCCGAAGGCCAACCCGUUACAUGCCCUAUUACUAGAAGAAGGAACUGUAUUCCCAUGAUAGGAUUCGUUGUGUACUAAUAGAUAUGUUGGAGCUGUCAUCUUCUGCUUGGUAAUAACGUUUAGUUACUGUUGCUUUGAUGCACUUUCAGAUGUAUGACAUAUGUUCUCGGAUUUUAUACUUGUAAUAGAUAUAUUCUAUUUUCUUCUUUCCUUUUA